AUGUCGAAUGGGAGCUUGGAUAAAUGGUUAUAUUCCAACAUGCAUUCUCUAGAUCUUAUGCAGAGACUGAAGAUAGCAAUAGACGUUGCGGCCGCCUUGGAAUAUCUUCACCAUGGCCAUACAUUCCCAGUUGUCCAUCGUGAUGUAAAGCCAAAUAAUGUUUUGCUCGAUCAAGACAUGGUCGCUCAUCUGGGUGAUUUUGGCACUGGGAAGCUUUUUGACAAUGGAGAAGUUGUCGUCCAAACACAAACAUUGGCGACUAUCGGAUAUGCUGCACCAGCUCAAGAAUCUGCUAUUGGUUUUCUAAAUUCCAUUCCUGUGCUAAAGGGCAAUACCUAUGCAUCAUGGAGAAGCAAGGUAUUGAUUGGUUUGGGGAUUGCAAAUUUAGACUAUGCACUUCGGACGGAGCAACCCACCCCUCUUACUGAUGAAAGUUCCGAUGAGGAUAAACGGAAUUUUGAGAGGUGGGAACACUCCAAUCGCAUGAGUCUUAUGAUUAUGCAACAUGCCAUCCCUGAAAACUUUCGUGGUACUGUCCCGAAAGAAGCAAAUGUUAAGGAAUUCCUCCAGGCAAUUGAUAUGAAUUUUGCAAGCAAUGAAAAGGCCGAAACGGCUUCAUUGAUGCAUAAACUUGUGACUAUGAGGUAUAAUGGCCGAGGGGAAAUUAGGGAGCACAUUAUGGAAAUGUCAAACACUGCUUCAAAGCUUACGGCACUUAAUUUGACGAUCAGUGAUGAUCAACUAGUGCAUUUGGUUAUGCAUUUUCGGUUGGUAUUCGCAGUAAUGGGUUUUGAUGCUUGUAGAGUAGCGAACUCAUAA